GGACAAAAAUCGAAAACAUGCAAUUCUCCGCUAUACUGACAACCCUGGCAAGGAAAACGAAGAAGAAGCACCGUUUGUAAAUAUAGAUUUUCUCCGCGAGUUUCCUUCGAAAUUUCUUAACCAUGUCGGAUGCCCACUUGGAAGCACCGCCCUCGGUGCGUCUGACCAACGAUGACUUCCGCAAGCUGCUUGCCACGCCCCGAGCUCCGCCUCCUGGCUCAGGGACGAGCAGCACCUCCGCUGGAGGAUCUCUGGCCACGGCUACCUUCGCCACGCCCUCCACCGCCCCCGGCACGACAGGAUUGAGUGGUGAGAAGAAAAAGGGUCAGAGCAGCAGCGAGCGGAAUGAUCUGCGGCGCAAGAAAAAGAACUUCUAUGCGGCGCUCAAGAAGCAAGAGGAUGUGAAGCUGCAAGAGCUGUCCGAGAAGUACAGGGACCGAGCACGAGAACGACGUGAUGGCGCCAACCCGGAUUACGUGAACGUGAGCACACCGGGACACGGAAGCAGCACCAAUGCGUAUCGAGCCGUCGCACCAGACAUGAAAUCAGGAAUCGAUGCCCAGGAGCGAAGAAGACGGAUCAUUCAGGAGUCCAAGUUCUUGGGUGGUGACAUCCAGCAUACGCAUUUGGUGAAGGGUCUUGAUUACGCCCUUCUGCAGAAAGUGCGCUCGGAGCUGCACUCCAAGGAGGCGGAGGAGGAGGAGAUUGCCGCCGCCGUGGCCAGGGAAAAGCUCGCAGAAGCUGCUGCCGCCGCCGAACAAUUGGAAGCGGAGCGCCGCGAGUCGGAGGAUAUUAAUGCCAUCAAUGGUGCACUUGCUCGCAAUAUCUACAAUCUAGUACAGGCAAGGCGUUCGAAAGAAGUUCCCCGCAAUGAGCUGUUUGCUCCAGGACGGAUGGCUUAUGUAAUCGAUCUGGAUGACGAGCUAGGUGAAUCGGAUAUUCCAACCACUCUGAAGCGCUCCAAGUUCGAGGUGCCGGUGUCACAGGAGGAUGUGGCCACGCUGACCACCAAUGACAUUGUGAUCAACAAGCUGUCCCAAAUUCUGAGCUAUCUACGUGCCGGCGGUCGCAACAAGAAAAACAAAAAGCGCGAUAAGGACAAACCGCUCUUCUACGAAAAGGAGGUGGAAAGCAUACGCGGAUCGUCCGGCAAUGGUGGCUCCAGUCGGCACGCCACCUCGUCCUCAUCGAACAAGGAAGGAAAAUCAGUCCCAUUGGGCGACAAUAUCUACGACGAUAUCGGGGACUAUCAACCCAGCGCCACGCGAUCGGAGCGAAACCGCCAAGAGCAAGGAAAACCAGCCCCCUCUUACUUUGGUGACGGCCCGCCGGAGGCAUCGGAGGAGCCGAUAAUAUCCAGUAUUCCCCCGCCCCCCAAGAUAUCGAAGGCCAUGGCCGCACGGUUCGCCGAACCCGAGGGAUACGCAGAAUGCUAUCCCGGACUCGAGGAGAUGAACGACGCCAUCGACGAUUCAGACGACGAGGUGGAUUACACCAAGAUGGACUUGGGCAAUAAGAAGGGACCCAUUGGACGCUGGGACUUUGACACACAGGAGGAGUACUCCGACUACAUGAGCACGAAGGAGGCGCUGCCCAAGGCCGCCUUCCAGUAUGGCGUCAAGAUGCAGGAUGGCCGCAAGACGCGCAAGAACAAGACGGAGAAGAACGAGAAGGCCGAGCUGGAUAGGGAGUGGCAGAAGAUUCAGACAAUCAUUCAAAAGCGAAAACUGCCCAAGGACGGUGGUGGAGGCGGCGGAGGUGGCGGCGAUGAGCCCGAUUACAAAUCCGCUAAGUACUAGAAAUUCUUGAAACAUUAUUCUAUAUUUGCAAUGUAAUUUUGUAAAACAUUAAAUAUAAGUAUGCUCGUACUUGUAUUAAUCUUA